AUGGCUACGGGGACGGAGAGAUCGAAGACGCUUCACAAUUUCACGAUGCCCGGCGAGCUGCGGUGGCGGAAUCAGCGCUUCCUCCGCUGUAUGAAGGUCAACUCCGACGCCGAUGGCCGAAUCUCGCCCCUCCGCCGCUUCGCCGCCGAUAAAUCCUUUUCGUCCGAUCAACGCCGCCGCGGCAACAAUCCUGUCCAGCAGCCCCGCACCAGUAGAGACGGUGGAAUUGGAAGAGGUAAGGACUCCGAUUCUGAUUCUCUGCAUGGAUCUCUCGGAGCGGGUGCCGGUCAGCCUCCGGCAUCGGAUGGUGGCCGGAGAUUUAGCAGCGACGAUAAUGGUAUUGCCGCCAUAAGGGAGAAAGUGAUGCUCGAUCUCCAGACUGCGGCGGACAAAAUGAAAGACGCUAUUUUUAAGGAUAAUUUUGAGGAGAGCGAGGUUUCCGCCUCUCAGCCGUCGCCGCCGCCGCCGCCGUAUCCGGCGGCGGCCUCGGUGGAUGGUGUAACGAACAAGCCAUGGAAUUUGAGGACUAGGCGAGCUGGUUGUAGGACGCCGGCGAUUAGAUUCGCUACAUCUGGAAACGGUGGCGCAACCGUCGCCGCCGCCGGAGAGAAGGAUACCACCGCCGCGAACGGUGCAGCGAUGGAUGCGCCGAACUUCAAUUCAGGAUUUUUGCAAACUAGGGUGGGGUUAGCAGCAACAGUGGUCGACAAGUCGCCGAAGCGGCAUCGCGGCGGCGAUGCCGCCGCGGUGGCGGCGAACGGCGAGAAGAGGGAACGGCCAAAGUUUACCGUGGCGCUUUCGAAAAGAGACGUCGAGGAGGAUUUCUUAUCUAUGGUCGGCCACCGGCCGCCCCGCAGACCGAAAAAGAGAGCUAAAAUUGUGCAGAGACAAUUGGAUACGCUCUUUCCAGGACUUUGGUUGACAGAAGUUACACCUGAUAUGUAUAAAGUAUCUGAAUCUGCUCCUUGA